CACACGUACACACACACACACACACUCCCGCGAGCCAUGUUUGUUUACGUUCUCUGGUGUGCCGAGAGAGGAAGACAUUCUUAGUGAUACCCUCCCUUCUGCUUCAUGACCCGUAAUCUGUGUGGCACAGGUGUGCAGAGCAGCGUGUCUGUGAGAGCAGCGGCAGCAGUGGUGAAGGAUGGUUAGGCCUGAGCUGUAGUGUGAGCCAAGGAUGAGUGCUGUGCUGCUCUCUGCCACCUUGGGAUCAUUGGAUUCAACCACCAGCAUGACACCACAGUGUUGGCAGACGGGACAUGGACGAAGCUUAUUAUUGAGAAAGAAAAAGAAAUUUGAAUGGUGUCCUUCACUCCUGGCAGCCACUAGUUCUGCCUCUCCCCCAAGAUUGCUGCAUUAUCACCCCAGCCUAUGCCUAGCCGAUAUCCACAACCCUAGAAAGUGUUUAGGAAGGGCAUAGACUAACUUGCUUGGUAAAUGUAUUGAUAUUCUUCUCUUUGUUAGUGCAGUGCAUUGUGCCGGCCUGGCAUAGAUAUUCGCCACCAACAAGCUUACUGUGUAUGUGUUUGUGUAUUUGUGAAUACUUGUGUGUGCGCCUUUAGUGAUAUAAGUGUUUCCUGUCUCUGGAAGUGAAGAGUGGGAGUUUCCAGUGUAGAAAUGGACAGGGUCAAGAAGAUGCCAUUCCAGGAAACUAAUGAACAAGCCCAAGCUUCCUCCACUUCCUCCUCCUCUCCUCCAGCUUCUUUCAGGCAGAAGGGGAGGAGAAAAAAGAGAGACAAUCCUAAGGAGCCUCAGAGAACCCCACACAAGCUGCGCAGUCCCAAGUCAGACUCUUCUGAAGGGGACUCCACCACCACCACCACUGCCAACAACUCCGUGGACAGUGAACCCCCUGGCUCGCCCGGCAUCCCGGCCAGCGGCAGGGAGGACGAGAGAGCAAUGUCAUCCAGUCCAACCCCAGGUGUGCCCCAGAGGCUGCACUGCUCCUACUGCAAUGUCUACUUCAUCACCAAGGCAGACCUGCAAACCCACUGCCGCAGCCAGGACCACCAGACCACCAUCAUGUCAGACGAGGGUCGAGACUGGUCCCACCGGCCCCCGCCCCGAGGCCUGGGUGCAGAGGACUACACCCUGUGCCCCACCUACCGUGCUGCCUACACCUGCCGCAUGGGGGACCAGUGUGUGGAGGCGCACAGUGAGGCAGAGCUGGCCGAGUGGCAGGAACGCUUUGAGUACCGCGCCAUGAAGCUGGAGCGAGCGCGGGAGAAACAGCUCCACGGCGCCUCCUAUGCUGACCUCCUGCUGGAGCGCUUGUCCCUCACCCAGCAGCAGGACGCCCUCAUCACAGAGAAGACGGACCGGGUCAUCAGCCACCUGAGCCCCGAGCCAAACCUGCGAGUGUCCCAGAAGCCAAGCAGCCAUGAGUGGGUCAUCACGCUACAGCCGCCGGCACCGCUGCGUGUAGUGUCCCUCCUGCACGAUGCACACCGGAACCACUUCACCAUUGCAGAGGUCACCUGCCUGGAUGCCCACCGCCACCUCCACUGGUCCUGUGUGCCAGAGAACCCCCAGGAGUGGAGCAGCAUGGAGCAGGACCACCAGGCCGGCCCGGACGUCAAGUACAAAGUCACCGUCAGCUUCCGUACGGCUAUCUAUGGCACCUUCCGUCAGGCCGUCGUGUUUGACUGCGGCAGCGAGCCUGUGGCCAUGCAGCGGCUGUGUGUGGACGUUGUGCCAGUGGAGGAUCUUGGUGCGCUGGAGGAGACCAAGCGCACCAUCCUCACCCGCAGCGAGCGCUGGUGUGAGGAAAAUGUGGAUAUUGUACCCUUCGACAGUAAGCCACACGAGCUGAGUCCAGAUGACCGGGGCAUCCUGGCUGCCUAUCCUCCCCCAACCAAUGAAAACUUUGUCUUCACCCAGACGUCCAUGGAGCGUUUCCCCACCAAGACCAAUUACAGGAGCAGGAUGCACGACUUGCUCAACAUUGAAGAGUUGGCACAGUUUGACUUGGUGUCACGCUUCAAUAUCAAGACCACACUUCAGAUCACCAGUGGCUACAUGCUCCUGCCUUCCACCGUCUCCACUGCUAAGUACUCCCGGCCCGGCGAGCUCUUCGGGAAGCUGGAGCUGUCCUCGGAGAUAUCGGAGGACUCUCACCACGGCCGCUUGGUUCUGUCAAACUGUAACUCCAUGCUGGUGGCCUCAACUAUCACACCAUCAUCUGAUUCAGAGAGAGGUCCAGGUGUGGAGACUUCAAAGCCUCGAAGAUGCAUCUAUGAGGUUCUCAUUGAGGACAAAACCAAGAAAGAGAUCUACCUCAGGUUCUCGGAGCAGUCUGUGGCAGCCCUCAAUCUCACAGAGGAUGAGGAGGCCACUGUGGAGGUGCAGUUCCAGCUAAACCGCCUGCCUCUGUGUGAGAUGCACGCUGCCCUGGACCGCCUGCCCUCGCUCGACAUGAUCUUCCCGGACGUGACAAUGGAGCCAACCAUUCCUUGGAGUCCCAUCAAGCAAUGGGGUGAGACGCUGGAUGCCAAGCUGAAUCCCAAACAGAAGGAGGCUUUGGUUGCCAUCACAGCUCCCUAUGGCCUCAUCUUACCUCCAAUACUCAUCAUUGGGCCAUACGGCACAGGCAAGACUCACACUCUGGCACAGGGCAUCAAGCAGAUCCUUCGACAGCCUGAGACUCGCAUUCUCAUCUGUACUCACUCCAACAGUGCUGCUGACCUGUACAUCAAGGACUACCUCCACCCAUAUGUCAAGGCAGGACACGAGGAAGCCCGCCCUCUCAGGAUAUACUACCGCAAUCGUUGGGUGACCACAGUGCAUCCAGACGUGCAGGAGUAUUGCCUGAUAGAAACUGAUGUCAACGUGAGGCGAUUUGUAACUCCAACUGAGGAACAGAUUUUAGGUCACAGGGUCAUCGUAGCGACGCUCAACACGUCCCGCAUCAUUGCCUCCCUCAAGCUGGAGAAAGGAGUGUUCACCCACAUCCUUAUUGACGAGGCAGCACAGGCCAUGGAAUGUGAGACCCUGAUGCCACUGGCCCUGGCCAAGCCUGACACGCGCCUAGUGCUGGCGGGGGACUACAUGCAGCUCAGUCCAGAGGUUUUCUCCCCAUUCUGUGAAGAGCGAGGCCUUGGCACCUCCCUGCUGGAACGCCUCUAUGACCUAUACCCCGCUGACUCCCCCUGCAAGAUCAUGUUGGUGGAAAACUAUCGCUCACACUCCGCCAUCAUCAAGUACACAUCGGAUCUGUUCUAUGAGGGCCGCCUGGUGGCCAGCGGCAAGCAGAUGGCCCAUCCAAAAUUUUAUCCCCUCACCUUCUUCACGGCACGGGGAGAAGACUUCCAGGACCCAAGUUCAACAGCGUUUCACAAUAACUCUGAGGUGUAUGAAGUUUGUGAACAGGUGGGUGAGAUCAUCAAUUACUGGCCUAAGUCAGAGUGGGGCCCGGUGGGGGAGAACUCCAUCGGUGUGGUGACACCCUAUGCUGACCAGAUGGUGCGGAUCAGGGCGGAGCUGAGGAAGCGGAAGCUGUACAAGAUUAGUGUGGAGAGAGUCCUCAAUGUCCAAGGCAAGCAAUUUCGUGUGAUCAUUCUCUCCACGGUGCGCACUCGCCACACCUGCAAGACUGGGGACGAGGGGCUGGACUUUGGCUUUCUGUCCAACGCCAAGCUGCUCACCACCGCCAUCACGCGGGCACAGAGUCUAGUGGCAGUGGUGGGGGAUCCCGUCUCUCUCUGCUCUGUUGGCAAGUGUCGAAAACUGUGGGAACGGUUCCUGCAGCUGUGUUCCGAGGCUGGCUCGCUGUACGGCAUCACCUGGUCAGCACUGCGGGCACAGUUGGAUGGUGUGGAGCUCAAGAAGACUUAUGGGCUCAACCCCUUGGCACCUGAAUUUGUCCCGAGAUACUUUUACUAUCCUUCCUUGCCACCCUUGUCCAUAGUACCUGCUGUGCCUCCCUACAUCAACAUCUUGCCCCCUUACAGUUCCUUCAUUCCUGCCAACUACCCUGUGCACCCCAUGGUGGGUCCUCAGGCUCUGCCUUAUGUUCCUCAUGGGUCCCCUUUAACUCCACAUUGGUCACCCAUGCCCUAUGGACCAUUGCCCAAGCAUCAGAUUGUGCGGCCUGCCCCAGCCCGAUUAGGCCAGCCCCUCAUUGCUGCAUCCCACCCCUUGCGUCAGGUUGCUGCAACAACGGCACCUCCAGGACCGUUCCUUGAGGCUUCAGGCUAUGGCUACUCCCUGCCCCAUGGGGUGAUGCCUAUGUACCCCUACCAAUCUGGCGGGGGGCCCCAGCACCGCCUGCCUGUGGUGCGGCGCCCAACAGAUCUAGACUCUGUUGGUCGUAACCUGUUCAUGACGGCCCUACCUGCACACUAUCAUCACCUCAAGCAGGCUGGGCCACCCUCCAGCCUGCUGGGCCCUCAGUCUGGUCUGCGGGGACCACGCUUCCCCAACGCCCUGCAGCUGCCGCCUGCCCAGCGACAGGUGCGGCUGCCCACACAUACUGAAGGGGAGAAGACCUUCCAAUUUCUCAACAAUGUGCACUUCCCAGAGCGUCAGAUGACUCCCAACCCUUCACCACUCAUUCGCUUGCCUCAGUCCCACGUGGAGAGCGAGUCACCCAUGUCAACGCAGUCUUGGGAGAGUUCUCAUUCAAGUGGUAAUGACGGGGGACCAGGCGGGCGGCUCCAUGGCCCCCCUGCGCCCCCUUCACCUGCCACACCCUCACACUUACCCACCAACCUGCCUGACCCUCAUCCACACCACCUCCACACCUCCCAUCCACACCUGCACUCUCACCCACCUCCCCAUCCUCUCCACCAGCCCCAGCCUCAUCACCAACCUCCUCACCAACCUCAUCUACAACCCCAGCCCCAUCCUCACCCCCACCCACACCCUCACCCUCACCCUCAACCACACCCACACCCACACCCCCAUCACCCUCAAAUGCCACCACAUCGCGACUUGGCACCUGCGUUACUCCCCACCCACCUCCACCACCAGCAUCCCUCUGCCCCCCAACAGCCUACUCUCCAAAGGCCUCAGUCGCAGUCCAAUGGGCGGGUGGCAGGGGAGGAUCACGCCCCAGACAUUCCUGACGUGGUGCGUGCCAUCGACGAGCUUAUAGGUGACCUGCCGCCCAGCAAGCCCACAUCCUGGGUGCCCUAUGAGUCUGAUGUCCCAGAGAGCAGAGGUGAGGCAAGGGUGAGUAGUCCCCCAAUUGACUCGUGGCUCAAUAGUAUGUCUGUCAGGCCAUCCCCACGUCUGGCUCCCCCUCCCAUCGGUCCCUGGUCCACAUCCUCCCCCUCUGCUGCGGCCAAGAUUGACGUUGGCAAAAUGGUGACGGUGCAGGAGCUGGAGGCGUCCCUGCAUGGUCGCCAGCAGAACCACAUCCCUGGUCUUGCUACGCCUGUGCUUUCCCGUGCCCCUGGAGGACCCCUAGGGAAUUCCAGAGAUCUUGAGAGAGUCUUAGGUGUUUCCAGGGAUUCUGAAAGAUUGUUAGGAGAGACAGAGAAUAACUCUCAAGUGAAGGGACCCAGUACUGGCAUCCCUCCCCCACCUGGAUUUGGUGGGUUUAAUUCCCUAGUAGAUCCAGUGUCACGUUUAGACAUCUCUGAGGCUAUUCCUGGAUACCGAACCCCAAGUUUACCCCUUUACCUGAGACGUGGCAGCAAGGAGACCUCCAGCCGAAGCAUGUCAUCAGUAGGCGAACCAGCUGACCGGGCCAUGUGGUCCCUCGGGACUGAGAACCUCCGCAUGUCCACUUCCACCCAUGGAGAGCUUGGCUUGAAGAACAUGGCACACUCUAUAGAUAACCUUGGUCUCGCUGGCUCCCUUGGGCUGGAUAGAAGAGACAGCAAGACGUACGCUGGUGUGCUGCGCUCCUCCCUCCAGACACCAGCCGCUGGUGUAGAGGUCAGUAAAUGUGAGGAGUCUGUGUUUUCCCAAAAGGAAUUGGGUAAUAAGAAGGUCCAUCCUGGGAACAGCCCUCUGUAUCAGUACUUUCCUUAAUGAGGAUCACUUAUGCCAUGCCUGAAACUCACAAUUGUGGUUCCAUUUCAAGUUUAUAUGCAUCUUUCUUUACCAAUUAGGAAUAAAAAGUCAUGUUAAUCCAAGUUAAUACAAGCCAUAUAUCUUGAAAUGACCUUCUGUGUAGGAGACACCAGGACCUGCAAAACUUUCCAAUUUGUUCCCUCUGAACCCUUUGUGUUAGAUUGGAUGCAGGUUGAAGAAACAUUUUGUUGGUCUGUUUUGAACCAUGAUGUGUGGAAGUACUGAUACAGUAAACAAUGUAUAUGUAUAGUUCCAAAACAAUUUUCCUCUUGUUGUAAGCAUUUGCUAUAUCUGAAAUGCAUGCCAAUCUAGUUAAUAAUGGAAGUAGCCAUGUCUAUACUGAUUUUGUCUGUAGUAAGGUAGUGAUUAGGUUGGAUUUUAUUAUAUAACAAAGUAAAAAAAAAAAAAAGUUAUACAAAUGAAGAAAACAUUUCUGUAAGUUCAGAUGAAAUGAUAAGAGUGUGUACAAGUACCAUUUUGUUGCCUGUGGCUUGGCAUCUUUGCCUCACACACAGUAUGUUGGUGUGUGUUUGAGUGUAUGUCUGAAUGUGUGUCCAUUACCAUCUCCAUGUCUCUUGUGAUGGUGAAUGAGCAUGGUGGUGGUGGUGGUGGUGUUGGUGAGGAGUGAACAUGGUGGUGAGAAGUCUUGGUAUGUUGCAGUUUCAGUUCAGUGGCAAACAGCUGCACUGAUAUCCAACUGUUGUACCUGAACACUCCCCUCCUCUUUAGCCAAUUGGGUCUUUUGAUAUUAUUUCUAAUCUUCCUUUUUUUCCUGUCUCCAUGAAACAUCAUUUCAAACAGCUGUGGUCAGUGUUCUCUGAUUUGUGUUUCCUAAAGAGAAAAGGGAAGCUAUUUGUUGAUAAGAUUUAGGGAGCAUUCAUUACUCUUGAUCUGCCCCUGAAUAUCGCACUAGUAGUCAAACACAGUCCACAACUUCAGGUGAUGAUGGAAACUUUUCUAUUUGAUAUAUACCUUUGUUUGUGUGAAUGAUUUUUGUCCAAGUGUGAAGUGAAUGUUUGUGACUAGAUACACAUUUAAGUGAUUGUAUUCCUACAAUAAGCUAACAACAAUGCCAAGUGUGGACUCAGUGUUUGUAGAUGUAAUGCUGCAGUGGUGGUAACCAACCAUCCAGUCUGCGCUUCUUACUAAGUACACACUUUGUCUACACUCUUCUGGGAAAUUAAGCCACACUUUAUGAAUUACUGUAA